ACUUCCGGUACGCCGCCGUUCGGCGGGCCACUUCCGGCGUCAAGGCGGGGGCUGAGGGGUGGCAGUUAGGUGAGGCAGGCCAUGAGGCCUCAGGCGCUUCUGCUGCCAACCGUGAGCGAGCUGUCGGCACGCGGGCGGCCUGGCGCGGCGCUCCGACUGUAGCUGUGUCAGUGUGUUAUGAUGCCGUCUCGUACCAACCUGGCUACUGGAAUCCCCAGUAGUAAAGUGAAAUACUCAAGGCUCUCCAGCACAGACGAUGGCUACAUUGACCUUCAGGGAGAAACUAACUGCUAAAGCCAACAGAUUGUGGGAAUCUUCCUUCUUUCCUGAUGUCAUGAGAUCCAAUUUAUUAAAGGUAUUCUUUUGGCAAACAUUUAAGAAGAGUCCUCCUAAGAUCCCAUAUAAGGCCAUCGCGCUUGCGACAGUGCUGUUUUUGAUUGGGGCCUUUCUCAUAAUCAUAGGCUCCCUCCUGCUGGCUGGCUAUAUCAGCAAAGGGGGGGCAGACCGGGCCGUUCCCGUCCUGAUCAUUGGCAUCCUGGUGUUCCUGCCAGGAUUUUACCACCUGCGCAUCGCCUACUAUGCAUCCAAAGGCUACCGGGGUUACUCCUACGAUGACAUUCCAGAUUUUGAUGACUAGCUAACCCACCCUCAACCCUGAGGAGAAGAGUCACAGAUGGGACUGAGACCAGCUUUAAGAUACUGAGCGGAAACUGGCAAAGGGCUAAGGCAUUCUGCAGUUUGCAGAUGUUAAACAAAAGAAUGGCCAGAUUUUACAGGUCCAUCCUCAAGAUGUCAACUGAGCUUACAAUGACAAAUUAACUAAUUAGGACAUGCUCUACUUUUCAUCUCCUGGCUCUGGCAAAAGCUGUUAAGUUUUUCCACACGAAUAUGUAUCUUGGAAGAGUGGCAAUGUUAAUGAUGUGGGAAAGUAGGAGGUUCUUGUGUAGUGCAGAAUGUUACUGCUGCCACCCUUGUUAGAGUUCAGCAUUUCUUUUAAAUAGUCCUCAUUGUCAGUUCUGGUAGCAAAUGGAAGAAUUUAAUAUGUCAAAUUUCAUGUUACUAGUAAUUUAUUUUGAAAACAUCUAAGUAGCUUACCCCUACACUCAUCUCUCACUUUGUGUUCUAGUGGAAGACCUUGGCAAAUCAAAUGUCAGUGUAGGUGCAUCUGUAAUAUUUUAUACUUGCUUUCUUAUUAACAGCAGCCAGGACUUUUUUAAGUCUCAGAGCAAGUUCCUAGAAGGUAAACACCCCUCUGUUCACCAGUCCUUGGUCAGCCACCAGUAAGCCGGCCAGCAUAAAAUAUGGGUUAUUCUGUUCUUUGUAGAUCAAGAUGUUCUGUAUAUCAUGCCUUUAAGGACUGGAUUUUGGCUGUUUCCUAAGGAAAAAAAUGUAGAUAAGUGGUUGUUAUUUAGAGAUUAUAAACUUGUUGUUAGCAUCUUGCAUUAUGAUGUCAUUCUGCUGAAGAUUGCAAGACUCAGCCUGGAUCCCUAGAUGGACUAGACUGCCGUGGUUUGAUUCUGGUUCCUAGCUUGCACAAAGUGACAUAUUCAAAAGAAAUUAAAAUGUCAAAAUCUAAA